AUACUUCUUUGCUGUUGUAUCACUAUUCACGCUCUAAAAGCUAAAACCCCAGCUCCUCAGAACUAAGAAGCUAUCUUUAACGGUCAUUAAUGGCGCCCAAAACCCUCUCCACACUUCUCUCUCCUAUCUGUCUCCCCCACCAGCUUACACACUUUAACCCCAGUGUCCUUAAAAUUUACACAAAACCCACUCGUAUCUUCUGUAAAUCCACAAAAUCACAAAAAACGCCGCUCUCGGAGACCCAAUUAUCAGUUUCCAUGCCGGAAGCCGAUGGUGCAGGGGCAGCUGCUCCGACCCCAGGCGAGCAGUUUCUUGAGGGCCAAAAAGCAUUUGAAGCUGCUAAACUGGUUAUGAAAGCGGCUAAGAAGAAAAGGAGGAGAGAGAAACAGAAGGCUUUGAAGGUGAACUCGGCGGUGGUUUGUUGUUAUGGGUGCGGAGCUCCGUUGCAGACUUCGGAUCAGGAAGCUCCGGGUUACGUGGACCCGGAUACGUAUGAAUUGAAGAAGAGACACCACCAGCUUAGAACUCUUCUUUGUGGGAGGUGCAGGCUUUUAUCUCAUGGUCAUAUGAUAACGGCUGUUGGUGGGAAUGGAGGGUAUCCUGGUGGGAAGCAGUUUGUUUCAGCCGAAGGGCUUCGGGAAAAGCUGUCUCACUUGCGUCAUGAGAGAGUUUUAAUUGUUAAAUUAGUUGAUAUUGUGGACUUCAAUGGCAGCUUUUUGGCUCGUGUGCGUGAUCUUGCUGGUGCAAACCCUAUAAUAUUAGUUGUGACCAAGGUUGAUCUCCUUCCGAAAGAGACUGAUCUUAAUUGUGUUGGUGAUUGGGUUGUAGAGGCCACUACUAAGAAGAAGCUUAAUGUGCUGAGUGUUCAUCUUACAAGCUCAAAGUCAUUAGUUGGAAUUACUGGAGUUGUCUCAGAAAUUCAAAAGGAGAAAAAGGGCCGGGACGUUUACAUUCUGGGUUCAGUUAAUGUUGGGAAAUCUGCAUUCAUCAAUGCUUUACUGAAAAUGAUGGCACAAUGGGAUCCAGCUGCUGCAGCUGCUAGAAAAUAUAAACCAAUACAAUCUGCUGUUCCUGGAACUACCUUAGGUCCUAUUCAGAUUGAUGCCUUCCUUGGAGGAGGGAAAUUGUUUGACACGCCUGGAGUUCAUCUCCAUCACAGGCAAGCUGCAGUGGUUCAUUCAGAAGAUUUACCUAUCCUUGCUCCUCGAAGCCGUCUGAGGGGUCAGUCUUUUCCAAAUGCUAAGACAGCCUCUGAAAAUGGGGUAGCAGACAAAUUUGAAUCUAAUGGAUUGAAUGGAUUUUCAAUAUUUUGGGGAGGUCUUGUGCGAAUUGAUGUUUUGAAGGUUCUCCCAGACACAAGCCUAACUUUCUAUGGCCCCAAGGCUUUGCAGAUUCAUAUGGUACCCACUGAUAAAGCUGAUGAGUUUUACGAGAAAGAACUUGGAGUUUUAUUGACGCCUCCUACAGGAAAAGAGAAAGCAAAAGAUUGGAAAGGACUGGAAAUCUUACGUGAAUUGCAAAUAAAAUUUGAAGAUGCAGAAAGACCUGCAAGUGAUGUGGCUAUAUCUGGUCUUGGAUGGAUUGCCGUUGAACCAGUAAGCAGAUCACGUCGAAAGCCUGAUCUUAAUUUAGGGGAAACUGUCAAAGAAUUGCAUUUGGCUGUUUAUGUUCCAAAGCCAGUUGAGAUUUUUGUCCGGCCUCCAUUGCCGGUGGGAAAAGCUGGAGCAGAGUGGUAUCAGUAUCGGGAAUUAACAGAGAAGGAAGAGGAGCUAAGACCAAAAUGGCACUACUAGCCUUUGUUUUUAUGUAAGUUCUUUUUGUAUAACUAAUACACAGACUUUGAAAAGGAAAAUGCCAUUAUUGUAUAAAUUGUAUAAAAUAUAAAGAUUUAGGCUGUUUGGUGGGCCAGAAAUUUCCCCA